AUGGUGACAGAGGUCAGAGGGUUCGCUGACACACAGAAGGAGGAGUACUUCAGGAAGAGAUUCACAGAUGAGAAGCAGGCCAGCAGAAUCAUCUCCCACAUCAAGAAAUCACGAAGCCUCCACAUCAUGUGCCACAUCCCAAUCUUCUGCUGGAUCACUGCUACAGUUCUGGAGGAAGUGUUGAAGACCAGACAGGGAGGAGAGCUGCCCAAGACCCUGACUGAGAUGUACAUCCACUUCCUGGUGGUUCAGUCCAAAGUGAAAAACAUCAAGUAUGAUGGAGGAGCUGAGACAGAUCCACACUGGAGUCCAGAGAGCAGGAAGAUGAUUGAGUCUCUGGGAAAACUGGCUUUUCAGCAGCUGCAGAAAGGCAACCUGAUCUUCUAUGAAUCAGACCUGACAGAGUGUGGCAUCGAUAUCAGAGCAGCCUCAGUGUACUCAGGAGUGUUCACACAGAUCUUUAAAGAGGAGAGAGGACUGUACCAGGACAAGGUGUUCUGCUUUGUCCAUAUGAGUGUUCAGGAGUUUCUGGCUGCUCUUCAUGUCCAUCUGACCUUCACCAACUCUGGAGUCAACCUGCUGUCAGGAAAAAAAACAACAUCAACACAGUUCUACCAGAGUGCUGUGGACAAGGCCUUACAGAGUCCAAAUGGACACCUGGACUUGUUCCUCCGCUUCCUCCUGGGUCUUUCACUGCAGACCAAUCAGAAUCUCCUACGAGGUCUGAUGACACAGACAGGAAGUAGCUCAGAGACCAAUCAGGAAACAGUUGAGUACAUCAAGAAGAAGAUCAGUGAGAAUCUGUCUGCAGAGAGAAGCAUCAAUCUGUUCCACUGUCUGAAUGAACUGAAUGAUCGUUCUCUAGUGGAGCAGAUCCAAUGGUCCCUGAGUUCAGGACGUCUCUCCACAGAUAGAAUGUCUCCUGCUCAGUGGUCAGCUCUGGUCUUCAUCUUACUGUCAUCAGAAGAAGAUCUGGACGUGUUUGACUUGAAGAAAUACCGUGCUUCAGAGGAGGCUCUUCUGAGGCUGCUGCCAGUGGUCAAAGCCUCCAACAAAGCUCUACUGAGUGGCUGUAAUCUGUCAGAGAGAAGCUGUGAAGCUCUGUCCUCAGUUCUCAGCUCCCAGUCCUCUAGUCUGAGAGAGCUGGAUCUGAGUAGCAACAGCCUGCAGGAUUCAGGAGUGGAGCAGAUCUCUGUUGGACUGAAGAGUCCACACUGCAGUCUGGAGACUCUCAGACUGAGUGUCUGUAACCUGUCAGAGAGAAGCUGUGAAGCUCUGUCCUCAGUUCUCAGCUCCCAGUCCUCUAGUCUGAGAGAGCUGGACCUGAGUAGCAACAACCUGCAGGAUUCAGGAGGGAAGCUGAUCUCUGAUGGACUGAAGAGUUCACACUGCACACUGGAGACUCUCAGUCUGUCAGGCUGUCUGAUCUCAGAGGAAGGCUGUUCUUCUCUGGUCUCAGCUCUGAGCUCCAACCCCUCCCAUCUGAGAGAGCUGGACCUGAGCUACAAUCAUCCAGGAGACUCAGGAGUGAAGCUACUGUCAGCAGGACUGAAGGAUCCUCUCUGGAGACUGGACACUCUCAGAUUGAGUGGCUGUAAUCUGUCAGAGAGAAGCUGUGAAGCUCUGUCCUCAGUUCUCAGCUCCCAGUCCUCUAGUGUGAGAGAGCUGGACCUGAGUAACAACAACCUGCAGGAUUUAGGAGGGAAGCUGAUCUCUGUUGGACUGAAGAGUCCACACUGCACACUGGAGACUCUUAGUCUUUCAGGCUGUCUGAUCUCAGAGGAAGGCUUUUCUUCUAUGGUCUCAGCUCUGAGCAUCAACCCCUCCCAUCUGAGAGAGCUAGACCUGAGCUACAAUCAUCCAGGAGACUCAGGAGUGAAGUUACUGUCUGCGGGACUAAAGGAUCCUCUCUGGAGACUGGAAACUCUCAGGGUGGAGCCUGCUGGAGUCAGAUGGUUGACACCAGGUCUGAGGAAGUAUUCCUGUGAACUCACACUGGACACAAACACAGUGAACAGAAAACUCAAACUGUCUGACAACAACAGGAAGGUGACACGAGUGAAGGAGUAUCAGUCAUAUCCUGAUCAUCCAGAGAGGUUUGACUCCUGCUAUCCUCAGCUGCUGUGUAGAGAUGGUCUGACUGGUCGCUGUUACUGGGAGGUUGAGAGAAGAGGAGAGGUUGAUAUAUCAGUGAGUUACAGAGGAAUCAGCAGGAGAGGAGACAGAGAUGAUUGUGAGUUUGGAGGUAAUGAUCAGUCCUGGAAUCUAAGGUGCUCUGAUGGUGGUUACUCUGUCUGUUAUUGUGACAGACAAACAUUCAUCUCCUCCUCCUCUGUCUCUGGUAGAGUAGCAGUGUAUGUGGACUGUCCUGCUGGCUCUCUGUCCUUCUACAGAGUCUCCUCUGACUCACUGAUCCUCCUCCACACCUUCAACACCACAUUCACUCAGCCUCUCUAUCCUGGGUUCAGGUUCAGGACAUGUGGUUCCUCAGUGUCU